AUGAAAUCCGUUCUGUUUGUAAAUACGGAAAGCGAUUGCGACGAGGCCGAAUAUCUAAAGGAUUACUUAGCAGCUACAAAAAUAAAAUUGAUUAUUUAUUUAGACAGAGUCAUUGACAGAACCACAAUGCAGGCAAGAAGGAGAUUCAAAGCUCCUCAGAUAUUGGUGGUCAUCAUGACGUCCAUUUUAGCGACAUGUACAAUUUCCCUUUAUUUGACGAGUAAUGACCGUUUCAAAACCACGCUGUUCAAGGGACUCACAGAUAUGGAGAAGAGAAGCAACUUCAACAUUCACCCCUGGGAAGUGUUUUCAACCUUGAAAUCAAUGCGAAAAGGGAAAAUAAUUGUCUACAAUAGAGUGGGAAAAUGUGGAAGCCGCACUAUGAUACAUCUCAUGGCCACACUGACAAAAAAACUGGGGUAUAAAGUGAUUGGUUCAACCCAGAAUAGUAACGGAGAAGUCACUCUUCGCGAACAGGUUGAACUUGUGGACCUCAUAGAUCAGUUCCAGCCACCAUUCAUCUAUCAUCACCACAUACGUUUCGUCGACUUUAAGAGAUUUGGCGCCGUUCAACCCAUUUACAUCAACUUGAUACGGGAUCCCCUGGCUCGUAUGGUCUCUUCGUACUACUACACAAGAUUCGGGGAUCAUAGAGAAGGUGAAAGAAAUUGGAGCUUCAAAGGCACGGAGGAACAGAAAAAUAUGACCUUUGAUGACUGCGUCAAAAAGGAAAUGGAUGACUGCGUCAAACCGCAAAGAGUGUUUUACAUCAUUCCUUACUUUUGUGGCAAUGAAGUCUACUGCAGGAAACCAACAGAACAAGCGCUUGAACAGGCCAAGAAAAACGUCAUGGAAAAUUAUUUGGUGGUUGGUGUUACGGAGCAGUUGGAAGAUUUUCUAUUUGUCCUUGAAAAACUUUUACCAGAAUUUUUCACGGGCGUACUAGACACCUAUAAGACUCCAGACGAUAAUCUCAAUUCCAGGAUGACAUCUACCAGAACCGCGAACAAGAGGGGACCUUCUCCGAAGGUGCAAGAGAUAAUGAAGAAACGUAUGGAACUAGAAUAUGAAUUUUAUGACUUUGUAAAGGAAAGAUUUAAUAGCCUGAAAGCCGAACUGAUGUCUAGAAAAAAUUGCUGAAUGCUGGGCGACCAAAUUUGUCUGAAUAGUGAACCCUCGCUUUGCAAGGGAGCAUACGAAUGGAAGUUUGAGAGAAAACUUCAGUGAAGACAUUUUGACAUUUAUAGUGAGUUUUAGUCAGUCAUGACUGAAUUGUUAGUUAGAGGUGGACCUCUGUUAACUAUUAUCGUAAAUUGUAGUGUCUUUAAAGCGCUCUUUUGUGAUUAUAACUUAACGACAGGGGUGCUUAGUUCUCCAUUAA